AUGUACAGGUAUCUGGGGGACCUGCUCACUCGUGGAGCUAGCAGCGCUCUGGCCUCGGGAUGCGUCGACUCCGUUUUACCGGCUUCCGCGUCCUUGAUGCGGGUUCGCCACUACAGCGAAGCCGUAGGGGAAAAAGAAGACGACCCCAACUUCUUCAAAAUGGUCGAGGGCUUCUUUGAUAAAGGUGCCGCCAUAGUAGAAAAUAAACUGGUGGAAGACCUCAAGACCAGAGAAUCGCCGGAACAGAAGAGGCAUCGGGUCCGGGGAAUUCUCAAGAUUAUCAAGCCUUGCAACCAUGUUCUGAGCGUAUCUUUCCCUAUCAAGCGAGACAACGGCGAAUGGGAAGUGGUCGAGGGCUACCGCGCCCAGCACAGUCAACACAGAACGCCCUGCAAAGGAGGUAUCCGGUACAGCACAGAGGUGUCUGUGGAUGAGGUGAAAGCCUUGGCCUCCCUGAUGACCUAUAAGUGCGCUGUAGUGGACGUGCCGUUCGGUGGAGCCAAGGCCGGAGUGAAAAUCAACCCCAGGAACUACUCUGACAAUGAGCUGGAGAAGAUUACUAGAAGGUUCACCAUCGAGCUGGCGAAGAAGGGCUUCAUUGGACCUGGCAUCGAUGUCCCUGCCCCUGAUAUGAGUACAGGGGAGAGAGAGAUGUCCUGGAUCGCCGACACCUACGCCAACACUAUUGCCCACAGCGAUAUCAAUGCCCACGCCUGUGUGACGGGUAAGCCCAUCAGCCAGGGAGGGAUCCACGGCAGGAUCUCUGCCACCGGUCGCGGGGUUUUCCACGGCAUCGAGAACUUCAUCAACGAGGCGUCUUACAUGAGCCAGCUGGGCCUCACCCCCGGCUUCGCGGACAAGACUUUUGUCAUUCAGGGUUUCGGUAAUGUGGGCCUGCACUCCAUGCGUUACCUGCACCGCUACGGCGCCAAGUGCGUGGGCAUCGGGGAGGUGGACGGAAACAUCUGGAACCCCAACGGCAUCGACCCCAAAGAGCUGGAGGACUACAAACUGCAACACGGCACGAUCGUGGGCUUCCCCAACGCCGCGCCGUACGAGGGCAACAUCCUGGAGGCUGAGUGCAACAUCCUGAUCCCGGCGGCCAGCGAGAAGCAGCUGACCAGGAAGAACGCGCACAACAUCAAGGCCAAGAUUAUCGCUGAAGGCGCCAACGGACCCACCACGCCAGAUGCUGACAAGAUCUUCCUGGAGAGGAACAUCAUGGUUAUCCCGGACAUGUACCUGAACGCUGGCGGCGUGACCGUGUCCUACUUCGAGUGGCUGAAGAACCUGAACCACGUCAGCUACGGCCGCCUGACCUUCAAGUACGAGAGGGAUUCCAACUACCACCUGCUGAUGUCCGUACAGGAGAGUCUGGAGAGGAAGUUUGGGAAGCAGGGCGGACCCAUUCCGGUCGUCCCCACCGCCGACUUCCAGGCCAGAGUAGCCGGAGCCUCAGAGAAGGAUAUUGUGCACUCUGGUCUUGCCUACACCAUGGAGAGAUCUGCCAGGCAAAUCAUGCGCACAGCUCAGAAGUACAACCUGGGUCUGGACCUGAGGACGGCAGCCUACGUCAACGCCAUCGAGAAGGUCUUCAAGGUGUACAACGAGGCUGGCCUGACCUUCACAUAAACGAGCUGCCCCCCCUACGACCGCCACCUUCCCCAACCCCCCCACCCCACCCAAAAUAAAAUCCGCCUUCCCUCCGUCCAAGUUCCCAGCGGCUCAAUCCAGCCUUCGUGACAUAUCAAGCGUUUACAUUUGAAACCUCGUGCUGUCUGUACCUCGCCAUAAAGAGUAGCCGACCCACCGUGCCCACCCUCCCCCCACUUGUGUUCCAGUGAGCGAUGCCCCGCCCUCUUUCUGUAGGCCCGCCCCCGGGGGCUGACACGCUGCAGGGCUGUAGCCUCCCUUGUAGCGGCCUAGCAGCGACAGCGCGGCCUCACUGUGAUUCCCAGCUGCUCCUGCGCCGCCUCCUCCCGACGCCCGACCACCGUCGGACUGUAACGCACCGCGACCGCGCCCGCUGUCCGCACGGCUUUGCCACCAUUUAGCCCCCCCCCCCGAACCGAGCGGCUCGAGCCAGCUGUACCGCGCGCUAGUUACAGCAUCUGUACGUCGUCGCCCUUGCUGUUCUAUGGUUGUUAUUACCGUUUUCGUUUUUCCUCAUCUUUUUUUUUUUUUUUACGUUUUUUUUUUUACAUCAAGCAGGCAAAAAUCUAGACAACCAAAAGAGAUUUUAAAGAUAUGGGUCCUGACAAACAGACUCCAAUAUCGUGGCUGAACCGCGGCCGCAGCAUUCUCCAUUUACAGCGCAUUUUGUCACCCUGUGGGCAAAGCCAUGAAUCCGGAAGGACACUACUGAAGAUGCCUUAGUCAUAGAGGCGGGGAAUUCUGUUUUUAUCAGAAAUAUUUUCACUUAUUUUAGUAAAUAGCUUCAAAACCACUUGGAAAACAUUUUUAUUUACCCUUGACGCACACAUCACCUAUUGGCUCCAUAAGUUUUCCAGUGAGGGCUAAAUGGUUAUGGCAUCAGGCCUUAUUGGCAGAUAUGGAUAGCAAAGCCUUUUUUGGUUGCUAAAUUUCAUCUGGGGGUUUGUGGAAACGGUUUAUUGAGCUGAGAUGCAUUUGGGAACAAGAGUUGUAGAUCUUCUUUUUUUUUGGCCAUGUGAGCCUUGAUUUGGAAGCUGCUUUGGGGAAAUUUGUAUUGCCUUUUUUUGUUGACUAUUAAAACUACAACAAA